ACACACACACACACACACACUCACUCUUGUUUUUAUAUGUUACUGAGGACACAUCAUACCUCAACCUCAGCCAUCACAACAAAGUAAACUUAACCCACAUCUUACCCUAAAACCAGGUCUUAAAGGUACCGAAAAAUCCCUGUUUUUUCUGAAGACAGGUUCUGAAGACAAGAUGAAGAAAAUGUCUGCACACACAAGCUCUUUAGGACGUUUUCUGAUCUUGUCUCAUGAGACCAAAACCUGGUCUUAAUGAGGCAGAACCUCAUACCUGAUGAACUGCUUAAGUGCUUGUUGAAGAACAGCUGUACCACCCUCUCUCUCUCUCUCUCUCUCUCUCUGUGUGUGUGUGUGUGGACAGUGUUCCUGUGUGUCGCCUCACAGCAGAGCGUCUCUCAGCGUCUCUCAGCGUCUCUCAGCGUCUCUCAGUGUCUUCAGUAACCAGGGAUGAGACUGAGCAUCUUAAACACACACACAAAUCUUCUCAUCUGCUUCUUGUUAUUUAUUUAUUUUUCUCUGACGUUUUAGUCGUCGCUCUCUCCUUUUUCCCCCCUGAAGCUGCAUUUUUCUUCUUCUUCUUCUUCUUCUUCUUCUUCUCCUCGGUGUCUGUGGACAUUUAUGUGGACGUUUCUGUCUUUAUAUCCCCGGACAUUUUGGAUAAAAUGAACUUUGAUUGUUUGUGGUGAGGACGAUGAAGCUCUUCAUACUCCGAUCUCCCUCUCGGUGUGAACAUCGCAUGGCUUCACCUUAACCUGUCAAUGGUCCUCAGUCCGGAGACGUCGCGCGUCUCCAUGGUUUAUGUUCGACGCUUUGCUCCGUUGUGUCUCCGCCUCCACAAUUGAUCAACUUCACCGUCGCCGUCAUGGCCGCUGCUCCAGAUGCUCCCUGUCUGUCAGAGCUCAGCGGACUCCAGACCAGGAACAUCAGCUUCAUCUCCGGCACCCGACCCUGCAACCGCAGCACCGUCAGGACGCCGCCCUACACCCCGCAGGCCACCGCAGCCUUCGCGGUCGCCAUCACCGUCAUGAUGAUCGUGACGAUCGUUGGCAACAUCCUGGUCAUCAUUGCUGUCCUGACAUCUCGUUCCCUGAAGGGGGCUCAGAACCUGUUCUUGGUGUCUCUGGCUGCAGCGGACAUUUUAGUCGCCACGCUCAUUAUUCCCUUUUCUCUGGCAAACGAGUUGCAGGGCUACUGGGCGUUCAGCUCCAUUUGGUGUGAGAUCUACCUGGCGCUGGACGUUCUCUUCUGCACCUCCUCCAUUGUCCACCUGUGUGCGAUAGCACUGGACCGCUACCUGUCAAUAUCGAGGCCCGUGUCGUACGGCGCCAAACGUACUCCCGCACGCAUCAAGGCGGGCAUUAUCGUGGUCUGGCUGAUCUCUGCUGUCAUCUCUUUCCCGCCUCUUCUUUCCCUGGAUAAGAGUGAAGGAGGUGAAGAAGUUUGUGAACUAAACAACGAGCGCUGGUAUAUCCUCUACUCCACCAUCGGGUCGUUCUUUGUCCCCUGCGUGAUAAUGAUCCUGGUGUAUAUGAGGAUUUACCAGAUCGCUAAGCAGCACACGCGGUGCUCACCGGGGCUGAAGCAGAAAUCAACAGGAGGAGGGAGAACGAGAGUGACUAGAGAACCCGUGACAAAGUUAUCGCAACAGAACGGGGACGGAGGAGGAACGACUGCCAGCCAGCGAGAGAGGUCCAUCCACAAAUUGUCUUGCUUGGAUUCUGCCACGCUUCAGAAACCCAACGAGAGCACCGCGAGUGACGCCGCUCUGCAGUGUCCUCGCUCGAGUUCAGGAGCGGCUCCAAACUCGUCCUCUUCAAUCCUUGAGUGUGACAACCAAGUCUUCUCAGCCGUUCCACGCAAGACCGCUCAGAGACAUCCUGACGGGCGGAGGGAGGUGCUCCCAGACAACACCUCCAGCUCCGGUUCUGAGCUGGACAUGGGUGAGGAAGGUGUUCUCGGAGAGGACGACGACAAAGAGAGAGGAAAAACUGAUGAGCAAACCUUAAGAUUAAGCCAAAGCAAAGGAUUCAAAGUGCAGGUGUUAAACCUGGCCACCAGGUACAAAGGCACAAUGAUAACAUCAUCCGGCACUAAACUGGUUUCUGCAGGAAAUCCUGCGAUCCAGGUGACUUUGGUUUCCCGUCGUAAGGCCUUGGUCAACAGGGAGAAGAGGUUCACGUUUGUCUUGGCCGUAGUGAUGGGAGUGUUUGUGAUCUGCUGGUUCCCCUUCUUCUUCACUUACUCCCUCCAGGCAGUGUGUCCCGAGACUUGCAGCAUACCUAACCCUCUGUUCAAGUUCUUCUUCUGGAUUGGCUACUGCAACUCCUGCCUCAACCCGGUCAUCUACACCAUCUUCAACAAGGAUUUCAGGAGAGCCUUCAAGAGGAUUCUGUGCAGAGAUAGCAAGGGUACGUUCUUCUGAAGAGGAGUUUGUCAUCAGAAACCACUUCUUCAUGUUUUUGACCAGGACUGACCUCGCUCACAAAAUCGAUGUAAACACUCAAAAAAAGGAGGAGACUGCAUCCAUUUUGUCCGUCGGCUGAGUCACAGCCGCUCCCACAAAGAUGGAGACUUUGGAAAACCACAGCAAAGUGGCCAAAUCAAUUAUCUUUAAUGUUAUUUCCGAAUACAGUGUAAUUGUAUGUUCAGUGACUCUGAAGAGCAUAAUUUGAUCACAUUAGGAAAACAGAAGUCAAGAGGACAACAGGGUCUGCAUUCAGCCUCACGAAGACGGCGUAUGUGCUUCUGUGCAUUUGUGUCUCGAGGAGCCUGAGGGUUUUACUGGAAGAGAACAAAUAUGUCUAAAUGUCAUUUAUCACAGAUAAUGUGGCCAAAAACACUCACACACACAUGUCUCUGACACUCACACACUCUCUUAUUUAUUCCUGCUAAAGCUCUGAGCUGUUUUCUUCAUGUUUUCAGCUGGAAUCUCAGAUCCACACACGGGGAUGUAACAAUAUGACAAAGUCCUGAUGUGAUCACGUUUAGUAACAGAAGUGAUUUAGGCCACAGCAGAUCAUCCAUCCCUUGUGUCCUCGUAUGUCUCCAGUGAUCGUCAUCGUUGAUUUUGCAGCACUUUUUUAUGCCGGAUGCUCUUCCUGACACGGACCUGGGACCAGGACUAGGAGAACCCUGGAUUUCCUGAUAUCAGAUCCAGUGAUUCCAUUCCUUCACGUUUACGAACCUUCUGAAUCCGGACGUAGAUCUUGGUCUUCAUGUUCUGCUGAGGUUUCUAAACACUUCCUUUUUGCUUGACUCCAGUUCUUUCUUUCACGCUCAUUUCUUCAGGACGUCAGUCUAAUAUUCGGAGACGUGCAGGUCGUCACAGUCCUUUCUCAUUUCCUGACACAGAAAAAAGCCGGAAAUGUUCCGACAUAUCAGAUUUAAAAGCUGCUGGUGCGUCCACAUCCACAAUUUCACAAAUAUUUGUCUCUUUCUUUUAUUCUAUAUUCAUGUUCUUUCCCAUGUUGAGGCAGUGACAGGAGACCCAGAGGAUGAUGGGUAAGCGUGGGAUAAAGCAGUGUGUUCCAGUUGAGGUCAGGAAUAUUCAGAAUACUAUACGUUUUCCAAAGAUUUCCAACUCAGGAAAGUUCGGAGCAACCUCACAAACCUCGACACAGGACAAGGAUUGUACGCGUUCGUUCACAGGAAAUCAGCCACAGUUCCCACUUCUGAUGUAACUGGAAUGCACCAGCAGAUUUUAAAAGACAGAUUUUGUGAAAUUGAUCAUAUUGUUACAUCCCUCGUCCUCGCACACUCACACACACACACACACACACACGUGAUGUUGAGCAUGA